AUGCUGCUGGAGAAUCUCUGGACGGAGCGCGGGCUUUAUAACGGGUCGUUUGGGACCGGAGAGGAUAUAGUAUGGCCUCCCGGUACCGUAGAUCCUCGCCGUGAGCCGCCAUCCGCCAUACUCGUCAGGUUUGACGAGUACACUGGUCGCGGGAUUCGGCCAGAAAUAUCCUCAGCGGUCCCGAUUGUCCGUUCCACCCGCGAAUUUUUCCUUGGGACAAUACAGUGCACUCGCACACAGUUUCCAGUAAUGCUAGCUUAUGCGAUCACUGUGCACAAGUCUCAGGGUAUAAGCGUGGACCGGGCCGUUCUGAACAUUUCCGAGAGACUCCACUCCUCCGGACUACACUACGUGGCCGUCUCGCGUGUCCGCACUCUCCGGGGUAUCCUGUUCGAGGAGAGUUUCAACCUUGACCGGAUCCAGUCUGCACAGCCUACGGCGCCAUGCUUCUACGUUUCGGGGACCGUACCCGGCGCCUACCUCAGCAUAUUACACGCGAGGCUGUUCCUGAAUCCCCCGUAG